AUGGGAAUUACCCUUUUAACAACUUCCUUAGGCGGUGAAGCAGCCGGGAAACUAGGUAGAUAUGGUUCAACCGCUACCCAAUAUAUUUCUUGUGUGGGAAAAGAAUUCACUGGUUUUAUUGGUGAUACUUCUCAUGGGGCUAGUGAUUUAUUUCACGGUGCUAGUGGUCAGGCUACUAAUUUACUGCGUGAUGAAGAAUAUCGAGAUUUAAAUGCCAAGUUUAAUUUCAAAUCCAACCAGGAAACUAGCGAAUUAGAAGGCAUCGUAGCCAAGAUAGAUAUUAGCAAAAUUUUUAUUUAUUCCCAAACAUACCCUAAAUCAAAAACUUUAAGACAAAUUAUCAAUUAUAACCAAAGGGUUCAAGCUAGUAAUAACGAGCAAGAAAUCUUUAAACUAGGUGCUAAUUUAGCUUACUACCUUGAUACUAUUUGCGACCCAAAUAAAGGCGGUUAUGUUAAAAACGAAGAGGAAAAAAAACAUUGA